AUGAGUCUUGACACUUUCAAAAGUGAAUUGAUGUCAAAUUCGGAAUAUGAAUGUCGAGUUAAAGUCAACCAAAGAUGUUUGAUCGAUAAAAUGUUGUCAAGAUAUUCGACCAAAUUUGCUGUAUUUCGAGAAUUGUUACAGAAUUCAGACGAUGCGACAUCUUCAUCUGUCGAAAUAGUAUUUGAGGGUACCAAAAGAGAAAACUAUUCGAGAUUGCUUUUUAGAAAUAAUGGGACGAAUUUUCGGCAACAAGAUUGGGACCGAUUAAAGAAAAUUGCCGAAGGAAACCCAGAUGAACAAAAGAUCGGUGCUUUCGGUGUUGGAUUUUAUUCAGUAUUCUCUGUCUGUGAAGAGCCAUUUGUAUCUUCCGGUAAUCUUGGCAUGGCAUUUUAUUGGCAAGGUGAUCAAUUAUAUGUGAGGCACGGCCCCAUCAAUAACAGUGAUUCUACAUGGACUACAUUCUUAAUGGAUAUGAGAAAUCCUUUGAAGCUCCCUAACUUGGACGAAUUCUGCCGUUUUUUGACAACUUCAUUGGGAUUCACAACCAAUCUUCGUCAAAUUUCGGUGUAUUUUAAUGAAAAUGAAUUAUUCAGUAUUUCGAAGAAAAUUAUUGGUCACCCUCGAUCAAUUAAAAUCAAAUCUGAUAUAAAGAGAGAAUCUCCAGAAAAUUUGUUUAGGCUUGAAUCAGUCAAUAUUCAUACCGUUAAAUUCGAAGUUACCACCACUCCUAGGACAGUAUCGUCUAGCAAUCAUGAAAAAAAAUCCGUGUGUUUUAAAAUUGCUAGUGGAAAUUUGAAAGUUCAGAUUCAACGUAAAUUUUCCUCUGAAAUGGAAAGGUUAACAAAGAAAAAGCCUCCAAGUAAAACUACCGUACAAGCUAUUCUUCCUAUAUACUCUAGAUCUUCUGAUGCGACAUUCGAUAUUUUCAAGGAUUUAUUACCAUAUCCCGAACAAGGAAAUAUUUUCAUUGGUUUUAGAACGCAUCAAACAACUAGUUAUUCUAUAAAUUUGGCGGCUCGUGUCAUACCAACUGUUGAGCGUGAAUCAAUUGAUUUUGCCGAAAAAACACUCUCAGUUUAUAAUACAGAAAUGUUGUGCUCUAUUGGAGCAUUGUGCCGUGUGUUAUACGAAGAUGAGAUGAAUCAAAUCUCACAACUGUACCAACAUAAAUCAGGUGACAAUCAACUAAUGCUUGAAGAACGUUCAGUGCGCAUUCUCAAUCAUUUUACCUUUGAGCAAAGUACUCCAGAUGCUAAAGUAGGAAACAUAAUUGAAUCACAAUUUUAUAGAUGUUGUUCAUCACAAUUGUCUAUAUUAUCUACUCAUGGCGUCAAAGCCAUUAAUUUGAUACGGUUACCCAAUCCAGAGAUGACUGCAUUUAUCAAAACUACUCCGGUUGUUCCAGAAAUCAUGAUGGAUCAUUGUGAAUCAUUUUUUUAUAGGGCAAAUAGUAUCUUGAGGCUCAUUGAACAAAUUUCAAUAAAUGACGUAUUUGAAGAAUUGAAAAAACGAACUCUGGAUGUGGAUGAAAUGGUAGCCUUAAUGAAAUGGUGGAUAACGAGAGAUUUCUCAAUAACAGAUCAUAACAACUUCAUGCAACUGGCUACUGUUAAUAUUGAAAAUAAGGUCUUGCAUUUAAAAAAUAUUCGUCAUUUCCAGAAUCCUGGUAUUAUUAGUCCAGGUUUAGAUGUUCCACCCAAUGUGCUGCCAUAUGCUAUUAGUCAACAUUUUAAUAAUAAAAAUUGGACAGAGCUUUCACUAGUUACAUGGGCACGAUAUAUUGUUGAAAAAUAUAAAUUCAAAGAUAAUCCAGCUUUUGCCGAAGAAUUUAUAAGUACUCUUUCACGUAGCUUUAAAAAUACAAAAAAGGAAGAUCAGUUCGCCAUAUGUCAAUUACUAUCUAAAAUUGAAUGUAUUCCGACUCAAUUUGGUGUGAAAAGACCUGUCAAAACAUAUUUUCCUGAUGUAACAUUAUUUUCAGAUUUGCCCAAUAUUAGCAUAAAAGGGGAUGAAAAAUUUUUCACAGAGAUUGGAAUAAAUAAGUAUGUUGAAUUGGAAGUUGUUUUCGCUCGAUUAGUUAAUAGUGAAAAUUUAGAUCACAUGAAGCUUUUGAAAUAUUUUGCCAAGUUUGCUGGAGAUCUUAAAGAUAUUGAUAUUAAAAAAUUAAAAAAGGCCAAAAUUUGGAUAAAGGAGUGUACUGAUAGUGAUAAAUCUGUGAAUAAUGUUAAUGUUCAGAGAUAUUUGGCAAGAGAUUUGUAUACCCCAUGCUAUCAUAACAAAGAACUUGAAUUGCCAAUAAUAAAUUGGAAAGGGCAUUGGAACAAACAUUCAAAUGAAGAAUAUCCAUCUAUUCAAACUAUUCUUCAACUUGCAGAACAACCUCAAUCCCUUGAACUUCGUGAGAAAGCUCUUCAAUAUUUUAUCAAUAAUUUCAAGGAAAAAUAUUCUGAAAUAUAUAAUUCAAAUUUGAUUCAGAUAAAAUUUUUACCAUGUGUUAAUAAUAUUUACGCAAAACCAUCAGAUUGUUAUUCGAAUCCUCAUUGUACGAAGAUGGGAUUUAAUACUUUACGCCAAGAUUUAUGCUUUUUGGCUAAAGAAAUUGGUGUUAAAAAAUAUCCUGAUCACAAAUUGCUGCGUGACAAAUUGGUACAAAAUCUUCCAAACAUGGACAAUGCAGAAGAAAUUUUCGAAUUCAUGUACUUUGCAACACAUGAAAGUAAUUCAAAUUGGAAAGUACUUCAGAAUAUCAAAUUCAUACCUAUCCAAGAAAAGAUUUCGCCAUAUAAAAUUACUUAUCACAAGCCAGAAGAAUGUUUUUUCAAAGUAUUUAAUGAAGAUUAUGUGGAUAUAUUUAAAUGUGUUGAUUUUGGUGAAAUUGCAAACAAGUUUCUAAAAGAUUGUGGUGUAAAACAAGAACCAUCUACAUUAGAGUUAGCAGAAUAUCUUAUUAAGUCGUCUAGGGAAUUCUGGUCAAAACUAAGUAACAAGGAUUCAUAUACUAAUAUCUUAGGAACUAUUGCGCACAACUAUGAAUAUUUAAAUAGAAUAAAACCUGGAAUACUUGAUACAAUGAAAAGAUGUCCAAUCUUGUUAGGUAUAAAGAAAGAAGUAGAUAUUUCUGGAACAAUGACAGAUGUUUAUGAAUUAGCCUGCGCUGAAGAUAUUUUUAUAAAUGAUAAUGAUAAAUAUCGAUGCAUAUUUAAUCCAUUAAUUUGUCCAUUUACAGAUCGUAUAGAAAAAUUUUAUGAAAAAUUGGGAAGUCAAUCACUUGAUGCUAACGUCAGUACAACACCUCAACAUAUUGUUAAAGAAAGGACCUCGAGUAUUUCUCAUAAAGUAAAUGAGAAGAUUUUGGAGCGAGUACCUUGGUAUUACUCUGGUAUUAAAGGUGGAGAUUUAAAGAAUGAUAUAUCAUGGAUAGAAAAAUUACAAGUUAAACAAACUGAUCAAAUUAAUAUGAAUUAUGUGCUUAUUCCUAAGCAUGAAACAAAGACAAAUAAAAUUUCUGCUUGUGUUUCGGAGAGUGGAAACAGAUUGAUUCUUUACAUUACUAAUGAAAAUUACACAGAUAUUGCAAAUGCAUUAGUCCAACGUAUCCAUCGUCGUCCUGAAAGACAACAUUGUACAAAUUUGUACCUUUAUUUAACCUCUUCAAUAGAACAACUUCAGCAACUAGGCUAUCCUACUGAAAAUAUAAAUGUGAAUAUUAAAAAUGUAAAGAUUGAUGAAUUACCAAACGCACCAAAACCAAUAAGCGAAUUAUCUACCGCUGAAUUCGAGAACAUGUUACUUGAGGGGAUCACAUCAUGUAAAUCAAACCAUAAUCGAUCUAUCCCGGCAAACAAUAAUUCUGUGGAAACUUUUGUUACUGAAGAAAAAUAUUAUGAUUCACCUUUAAAUUAUGUUACAACUAUAGAUUGUAUUGAACUUCAUAUUAAAGAUACUUUAGAUCCGUCUAUUCUUUUAUUUCCUACUGUAGCUAUGGAAGGAAAUAUAAAAAAAUUCAUUAGUGUUCUU